AUGAGAGCUAAAGAGGGACAGAAGGACAGUGGUCCAAAAGGCAUGGCUGACCCGCCAAAUCGGGACGUCAUUGCUACUUCUGUUGGUCAAAGUGCGUCAGAUGAGAGAAAUCAGCAGGUUAUGAUGAUUCAUCAAAAAUGUGUGUCUGGAGUACCUGGAGUACCUGGAGUACCUGGAUCACCUGGAGUUAAUGGAUCACCCGGACGAGAUGGAAUAAAAGGAGAAAAGGGAAUGAACGGAGAGAGAGGAUUAGUUGGAGAUGUUGGCAGUAAAGGUAAUGCUGGAGAAAGAGGUCCACAAGGUCCACAAGGCCCACAAGGCCCACAAGGUCCACGAGGAAUAAAAGGAGAAACAGGAAGGAAAGGAGAGAAAGGAGAAGCUAUGACACUCAACUGGAAACAGUGUGUGUGGAAUAGAAAUGAUAGAAAGGACAGCGGUCUGAUUCAGAACUGUAAUUUUAGGAAACAUGACAACAAUUCAGCUCUACAUGUUGCAUAUGCAGGAAAUCUCGGGCUUCUAUGCUCCAGUGGUUGGUGCUGUUCUCGAUGGUAUUUUACAUUCAACGGUAACGAGUGCAGUGGACCUAUGACUAUUGAGGGAGUUGUGUAUGGUGGUCCAGCUGAUGAUAAUCCUGCCCAUCACAGACAGAUUGAGGGAUACUGUGACAACAUUCCAGCAGGUCAAGUCGCAAUUGAAUUCUACAUUGGAAACUGUAACAAAUGGAGAUCAACAACGUAUAAUGGCAAUACAGGCUGGCAUUCACCAUCUCGCAUUAUGAUUGCAGAAGUUCCUCCAUCACAAAAGUAACUGAAUUAGAGAGAAAUUAGAACUUGUGUUCAGUAUAGUUUGCAGUACGUACAGUACGAGGUAGCUGAAGUAGGAGGCUGGAUGGUGGGUGUGCAUGUCUCUCUUUGCCGUAUGUGAGUGUUUGUAUGAUUAAUUCAAUGUGUAGCAGCAACAGAACAAAUGAUUGCCAUAGAUAUAGUCCAUCCCAGCUUGCUUUAAUAAUUCCGACUAAGCUACAUCAGGUACAUCAGUAACCUGCAUAGUCAUAGAUCUAGAAAUUAUAAACGUUUUUUGAAGGUUUUUGGAGGCUCAUAACUGUGGAAGCAAUAGUGCAAACACAACUUAAAUUACUAGUGACUGUGUGAUCAUCUCU